AUGGGACAGGAAGGGUCGCAGCUGCUCAAUGAGAUGGAGCGUGAGACGCAUUUCUCGGCACAAGAGAUUCAGCGUCUAAAGAAGCGCUUCUUGAAAUUGGACCGUGAUGGGUCUGGUUCCAUUGACCGCGACGAAUUUCUACAAAUCCCUGCGAUUGCCAACAAUCCACUGGCACAGCGCUUGAUUUCAGUAUUUGAUGCUGAUGGUGGCGGCUCUGUCGACUUCCAGGAGUUUGUGCAUGCGUUGAGUGUCUUCACCACCCGAGGCAGCCGUGAAGAAAAGCUGCAGUUUGUUUUUAAAGUAUAUGAUAUGGACCGUGAUGGGUACAUUUCUAACGGUGAAUUGUUCAUCGUCCUCAAAAUGAUGGUAGGCGGAAACCUAAAAGACCAGCAGCUACAGCAAAUUGUCGACAAAACAAUCAUGGAAGCCGAUAAAAACGGCGAUGGAAAGAUCGACUUCUAUGAGUUUUUGGAUAUGGUCAACAAUACUGAUGUAGCAAAGCAACUCACAUUGGAGGAUCUAUUCUAA